CGUUUAUUUCCACACACACAGAUAUGGAGAAAGUGUGCGUUGCGAUAGGAACGGAGGGGUUGGAGGGGUUUUCGACGUUGCAGUGGGCGCUGCGGAGAUGGAGCAAUCAUAGAAUUCUGAUUCUUCAUGCACCAAACGCCGCCUCCAAACACUACGUCUACACGCCACUUGGGAAGCUUCGGAGCAGCUCGGUCAGCGAGGAGAAGCUCAAGCUUCUCGACAAAACCGACCAAGCCAAUGCAGACAGAGUCCUUGCUCAAUACAUAGCCUUCUGUGGCAGGGUUGAGGCACAAGUGAUGAAAAUGGAGAUAAAGGAGGAGGAGCCUCUGCACAAGCAAAUUGUGGAAGCCAUUUCAAAUCUUGGGAUAUCCAAGCUUGUCAUGUCCCUCGCAUUCAUGAAGCCUUCUUCAUCACCGAAAUCAAGAGGCGCAAUUAGUGGGACAUUCUAUGUUGUUCGCAAUAAGCCUAGUUUCUGCGAGUUGUUCGUGAUUUGCCAAGGCCAAAGAAUCUUUCUUAGAGAUGACGGUUUCAUGGAAGACGACAAAGGCAGGAAUCACAGUGUCAAGAAUUGGUUAGGGAGGAUGUUUCCAGAAACUUCUCCCACCAAUCAUUGGGACAAAUGCAGGGAUGAUAUUGAGCACUAUGCACAUCAACUCCUGUCUUUGCAUCAACUUGAAGGAGACAUGGAGGCUUGCAACUCAACAGACCUAUGCAUACCACAAAAUAUGGAUGGUGCAGAGAGAAUUGAGGUUCUUAAACGCACAAUACGGGAUGCACAAGGUACAAUCCAGCUGAACAGAAAGCAGGCAAAUAUUGCUAAAGAAAGGCGUGAAAAAGCUCAAAGGGCGAUUGAUAUAUGCAAUGCCAGGGCUGAGGAGCUUCAGACCUGCCUCCACAUGGAGACCGUGAAGAAGGUUGAACUUAACAAAAUGCUCGACGGCACAAGGGAAGAAAUAGUUCAACUUGAGAGCGAACUGCACCAGAAAAGAAGCAAGCUCGACUCGGUUAUUGAACUUCAGAAGGAACUCUCCCAGACACUUCAUCAGUCAUCAUCUGCUAGGGUGCGUGCUGAGCUCAAGCUAGAGGAGGCAGUCAAAACAAGAGCUGAUAUGGUUCCAGAAAUCGAGGAACUGAGAAAGCACAAGGAUGUCUUACAGCGCAGGAUCGAGUUCUGUAAAGAGAAGGACGCCAUAGCAAAAGUAUCACGGAUGAAUGGCUCUGGCUUCGCUUUCAGAGAGUUCACUGCUGCAGAAAUAAUAGCUGCCACUGAAGACUUCUCAGAUCGUUUCAGGGUGAAAUCUGCAAAGAAUGUGUAUAGGGGCCGAAUCAAUCACAUAACAGUCGCAGUUAAAAUGCAUAAUACAGCAGAUGAGCGAUCCCUGCAAGAUUUCACAACCAAGGUCAAACUUCAUAGCCAAGUACAGCACCCCAAUAUACUAGCUAUGACCGGCUUCUGCUCUGAGCUGAGCUGCAUCGUGCAUGAGUACAUGCACAACGGUACCUUACAUGAUGCCUUAUUCUCAUCAGGAAGAAGCUGGAAAAGAAAGAAUCAGCCUCUAGCCUGGCAUGCUCGGAUACGUAUUGCAGCUGAAAUCUGCGCAGCACUAGGCUUCCUUCAUAAGGUCAAGCCUAAUCCAAUUAUCCAUGGUAACUUGAAACCCUCCAAGAUUCUCCUAGAUCGGUUUAAUGUUGCCAAAAUCUACGGCCUAAAUGGUCAUUGGUCAUACAACAAACAUGAUAUCGUAUUAGACAUCCAGGCUUUUGGGAAUUUGGUGUUGCAACUUCUGACUGGUAAUUACUGGAGUAGAAUAGUGGACACUGCUGCAGCCAUCGAAAAUUUGGAUCGUACGGCUGGAGAAUGGCCGAUGGAUUUGGCUAUUGAGCUUUCCAAUAUUGCAACUAGUUGUUUGUCCAAGAACUGCGUAGCAGACGAAUCCAUGACAACAAUGUUGGUAAGAGAUAUGAAUGAUGUAAAGAGAAGAGCUGAUCAGCUAGUCGACAACAUUGAGUUACCUGUGCAUGAUGAAGAGGCUGCUGGAGCAGAGGACUCGUGCAAUGUUGCUGGAGCCUUCUUCUGUCCAAUCUAUCAGGAAGUGAUGCAGAAUCCACAUCUUGCUGCCGAUGGAUUUUCCUACGAAUUGGAAGCAAUAGACGAGUGGCUGAAAACAGGACAUGAUACAUCACCCAUGACUAACUUAAGGCUGAAGCACAAGUCCCUAGUUCCAAAUCACACUCUGCGGUCUCUCAUCGAGGAAUGGAGAAACAAAAGAUCGACUGCAUCUGUUGUUGGAUUCUCUGUAUCAACUAGGAAUUGAAGGUGUUAACAGUCCACUGUCACAUAACAUUAUUUUCUUUUUCCAGUGAAUAUUAUCCAUGCCUUGAUGGAAGCUAGGCAGAAACCUCUACCUGUAUAUUAUACAAACAGCCAAGUAACACGCAGACUGGAGAAAACAACAAGCAGAGUUAGGCAAAAAGAUAUUUUUUCUUCGUUUCUGGAUGUCACAACAUGCAUUAAAAUUGAAGCAAGGUAUCAUGAUUUGAAGAUAUAAAGAGGCAUUAGCUGCAGAUAGUAGAAGUUUGAUGCUAGAUUUCUUAAUAUCCUAAAUAGGAACCACAUAUACUUGAACAGAAUUUGAAGUAAUCCAUUCUGGUGUAAUCUAUCACUUUGGUCGAAUAUAAUUGGAUCAUUAGAAUAGAUCAAUGUGCAUUAGAACACAUAUCAAAACUGAUUACAUCUCAUCCAGUAAUAUCAAGCUAGGUUUUUGUUGUAUGUAGGAAUGUCCAUCAUUCCAAAACAAGAAUACUCUUAUUCAACUUAAUAUAUUUUCCACUAAAAUCACAUCAAAUCAAUAAUUUUAAACAUCUCAUCCAAACAGUCCAAGUUCAUCACUCCAAAUAUUUCUCGCAGAAUACUCAAAAGAUUACCAAAUAUAUAUUGAAGCAUUUCCACCACACAAGUAUAAGAGCAUGCUCCAUAAGUAAGCCUCCGCAAAAUUAGCAUAGAUAUAUAAACUGUUGUGAAAGAAUGAACUGCCAAUUAGAUACUGAGGCUCACCCGCACUCAAUCAAUCUCAAAGGGGCUACAAAAAUGGAGCACUCUGUAACGAUGAGCUUCUUUCAAAACAGUAAACUAAUGCCAUACAGGGAAGCAAAACAAGAACUGCAGGCUUGUUCAUGCCAUAGAGGAAGCCAGACGAGCAACCCAACAACAUAUUAAGGCAUGCAAACUAUUCUUUCCCAAUGAACUGCCAAAUGCCAAUCAGAUACCAUUUGAAUACACUGUACACCUGUCUGAGAGUAAUCUCAAAGGGGAUCUAAACAUGGAACACACUGUAAUUAUAAUUUACUUCAAACGAGAAAACUCUAUUGGUAGUGCUCAUAUUGUUUUUAUCAGGCCACAGUCCAACAACUAGUGACACUCUCUAAUUUGUGACAAAAAAAACCAGGUCAAUCCCAUUAUCAAGCACAUCCCCCUAUUGUAUCAAGAAAGCUUCUAACACACCUCCGAGGACAUCUAGAAAUUUUAUAAAGAAACUACUCAUUUCAAUAAUAAGUCAGUCUGACUACACAACAAUGCGUCAAUACGUGUCAGUAAUACAACCAAGUCUGAUUCUUUCUGCACAAAUGCACCAAAAAAACAAUGCCUAUAAACCUAAGAACAAGAAUUAUGUCAAACCACAUGAAAUGCUCACACCACUGUUGUACAUUCCAGUAUUCAACAAUUCAACCAAUGCCCAAGUUUAAAAACUCACACACACACACAAAAAAAAAAAAAAAAACUAGUUCCAGUUUCAAUCCUCUAAGCUUAUCAACACAACCAAUGAAACAGAUUCACAUCAUUAACAGCAUAACUGAAAUAUACAUAGCCAUCUGCACAUUGUCAUAGUCAGCGCCAGUAUAGCACGAAUACUACAGAGAAGAUACCACUAUUAUAUAAUCCCUACAUUCUUUUCAUAAUAAAGAAAGAAAAAUAAAACAAAAACGCAAGCUAUUUUGAGGGUACCAAACGCGAAGAGGAAGAAGAAGAAGAAGAAGAAGAGUAUAGGCGCGUGAGCCGAUCUUGCUGUUCGGCGUACUGGCGGCGGAGGUAGGUUUCGAGGAUCUCCAUGACGCGCACAAACUUUUUCAUCUCAUCGAGGCAGCAGCUCAGCUCAGCUUCCCGCGCCCUGGCUCGCUCCAGCCGCGCCUCCGUCUCCGCCAGCCGAUCCCUCAGAUUCUCCACCACCAUCACCCUGUCUUCGUUCUCCGGCGGCGCCGCCUCCACGAGGUCGUCUCUCGUGGGCAAUCGGUCGUUGCCGUAGCACAUGGUUCAGUCGCAGGCUUGGUCGAGUUGUACCUUGAUUUUGUCUGAGAGUUGUACCUCAAUUGUAAGGGCACGACAC